AUGCCCAACGCUUUUGGGCUCUCAGGACGAGCCAUUUCCUUCAAGUUCCGAUCCGAACUUCUGGCCAUCAAGCUCAAAGCCUUGAAAUUGCCGCCGGUUCCCUGUCCGUCCUGGCCUUCACCGGUUGGCUGGCUGUGGAGCGAGCCGCUGGAGGGCCGCCUGUGCUGGAACUCGGUGGGCUGCUACCUACUCGAUAUCUAUUUGACCCUGCGGCACAUGGGCGGUGUACAUGCUCUGCUUGAGCCGUGCUUCUGGAUGGCAGACCUGUCGGGUCACUUUUUUUCAGAGCAGCAACCAAAGAACACGGCCAAGGAGGGCGACAGACUCGAGGAAUACCGCAAGCGUGCGCGGGGCUUCCUCUAUCACAACAAGGCUUUCCAGUCGGCCUCGUAUGGGCUCACCAUUUUUGCCAUCCUGGGGCCUUUCGCCGCGCUGGGGCUCAUCGCGGUUGCGUUUGGUACUUGUUUUGUCAAGAACUGCAUCGUCACCGUUCUCCCUUGGGCGUCGUAG